CGACAUCGAAUUUCAUUUGUUUGACUUGUCUGAAGUUCUCGACUUGGCAGAGACGUAGACGAAGCCAUUGACAAAUGUUCUCACCGAAUUGAGAAUACUGCUCGCAACUCAUUGCAAAGAUUCUCCCUCCGUGUCGUCGAAAUCAUUCAGUGGAGAAUGAAGCGAGAUUCGUUCUUGAAAAUAUAUAGGUGAAUGAGGUUUGAAUGACGAUGUGAAUCACAGAAGAUGGAAAGGAUGACUGGUUCACGUUACCAACGUAGACGGAGUUGACGAGAAUACCUAGAAAGGACCUGAACCUGGAACGAAAUCCGGCAACCCGACCUGAUCUGCAUCUACCAAAUGGUGUCCCAGAUCGAGACCGAGAAAGAUCACUUGUUACUGGUUUCCGAAGAGGGGCGCGACGGUUCUGCUCCUCCUCCUCCUCCUCCUACUCCUCCUCAAAAUCCACAUAAUCAUCUUCCGGUUGACCUGAAACAUCCGCUGGUGGAGUCACAACACGAUCCACGCGAUCUAGCAGGAGAGCUAAUGGCCAUCUUGCAAAACCGAAGCAGCGCUUUGACCUGGGAACAACGCUCAGUCUUGAACGACUACCACUCGUUGAAAGGGGAGUGCCUGAGACUCAGGAACCCUGAUCUCGAACUUGAUGACCAGGCGCUGGUCUACGCAUAUCUCAUCAACGUGCUGAUAUUCCAAAAGUUGCUCACCGGGCGUGCGACUUUUGUAUUCAAAUCCGCCUGCAAUUUCCAACAUCCUUCGAAUACCACGGUCGAACAUGGUUAUGCCACCAUAACACUUUGGUCGCAAGAAUAUUUCCCGAAACCCGAGAUCUGCCUUUCGAAAUAUGUGCAACUCAUACUCAUUGAAAUGAGAAAUGCGUUUAUGAUGAUAUAUGGAUGUUCGAGAUGCUAUCAAGAGGAGCCGAAUUACUUCGAUGAAGCUGUAUAUGGCUCUUCUCAAAUGGACAUGUAUUAUGCGAUUCUGGAGGCAGCGAAGGAUCCGGAGUUUCUGGACCUGGAGUUUUAGAUGGACGAAGUGGUGCUUUUGCGAUGGAUUCGGCUGGGUGAGGAGUGUCAGACAGGCGUUGCAUUGAAAAAAGUUGCUCUCAAUCAAGAUAAAUGGUCUCUCUUCCAAUCGCAGGCGUUAUGUAUUUUGUCGGAGCCGGUAGUGUUAGAUUCUCCCAUUUGUGAUUCUUGUAGAACUCCACCACGUC